AUGAAUAAAUCAGACGGCAAGGCAGAACUCACGAGAUUCCAACAAUUAACUGUACCAAAUUUUUUUUUCCUCUUUUCCUUCUCUUUCUCUUUUCUCUCUUUCUUUCUCUUUUCUCUCUUUCUUUCUCUUUUCUCUCUCCUUUCUCUUUUCUCUCUCCUUUCUCUUUUCUCUCUCCUUUCUCUUUUCUUUCUCCUUUCUCUUUUCUUUUUUCCCUUUUCUUUCUUUUGUUUCUUCUUUCUCUUUCUUUUUCCUUUCUUUUUCCUUUUUCCUUUCUUUUUCCUUUUUCCUUUCUUUUUUCUUUUUCCUUUCCUUUUCCUUUCCUUUUCCUUUCCUUUUCCUUUCCUUUUCCUUUCCUUUUCCUUUCCUUUUCCUUUCUUUUUCCUUUCUUUUUCUCCUUUCCUUUCUUUUUCUCCUUUCCUUUCUUUUCUCCUUUCCUUUCUUUUCUCCUUUCCUUUCUUUUCUCCUUUCCUUUUUUUCUCCUUUCUUUCCUUUUCUUUCUUUUUCUCUUUCCUUUUUCUCCUUUCCUUUCUUUUCUCCUUUCCUUUCCUUCCCCCUUUCUUUUCUCCUUUCCUUUCCUUUUCUUUCCUUUCUUUUCUUUUUCCCUUUCUUUUUCUUUUUCCCUUUCUUUUUUCUUUUUUCUUUUUCUCUUUCUUUUCCUUUUUUUUUCUUUUCUCCUUUUUCUUUUUCCUUUUCUCCUUUCUUUUUCCUUUUUCUCCUUUCUUUUUUCUUUUUCUCCUUUCUUUUUUUCUUUUUCUCCUUUCUUUUUUUCUUUUCUCCUUUCUUUUUUUCUUUUUCUCCUUUCUUUUUUUUUUUUUCUCCUUUCUUUUUUCUUUUAUGUUUUUUCACACUGGAUACAAUGAGUAUAUAUUAUUUCAAGACUUCUAUACCAAAUCUGUAGGUGAAAUGGUUGGUGCUUGUAUUGUCAUCUUCAUCCUUGCAAUGUUGUAUGAGGGCCUAAAAGUGAUGAGAGAACAGAUGCUCCGGAAAGCCAAUGUGAAAACCCGUUACCACAGUAUGACAAUAGAACCCAGUUUGUCACGAGACACAAUGAUUCAGGAGGAACACAAGACAGUCGAAGUCCGAAUUCUCAGCACUUCACAUUUUGUGCAGACAUUAAUGCACAUACUGCAAGUAACUGUUAGCUACUGCCUCAUGCUUCUCUUUAUGACUUACAACGUGUGGAUGUGUGUAGCGAUCAUUCUUGGUGCUGGAGCCGGCUAUUUUGCAUUCGGAUGGAAACGAGCAAUUGUUGUCGACAUCAAUGAACACUGCCAUUGA